UUCCAGGUUGAAGUCAUAGUCAGUGGAAAAAUCUAAAAUACAUUACUUACGGCGGCGAAUCGCCAAUUUGCCUCUGCUUCGAUAGUGAAGUGAAAUUAAAGAAGCAUAAAUAUGGAAUAUUGCCAAUCGUGAAAGAAAAAAGGAAAAAAUAUUCCAUUUAAUAACUUUGCCGUGAAAUUUCAAGCAACGUAAAUAACAACGCCCCAAUCUGCAGUGUUGUUUAAUAGGUGGGUGAUAGCAAGAGCUAGAUUUUAAUAUAUGUACAUAUAUGAUACAUACACAAGUGCGCAAACAUAUUAGUCUUCAUGAGUUUGAAUGAGUGCUUUUAUCUAUAUAUACGAGUACAUAUACGUAUGUAUGUGUGUUCAAGCUAAGCUUAAAUAUGUGAGUAUGCAAGCAUGCCAACGAAAACGCGAAACAAAACGAAACAUAGAUAUAAAGUCGUGAAAUAAAGCAAGAGUUGAAAUAGCGAGUGAGAAAAUAAACAAUUUCCAAGUGUCGGUUGGAUAUAAAUACAUAUAUAAUAAUAUGUAUGUACAUACAUAUGUGCAUAGUUUAUGUGCGUGUUAGUGAAUUUUUCUGUAAAAAGUCAUAAUGUAAUACUAACGAAGAUGAAUGUAAGGUAGGGAACUAAACAACCGUCUAUUUAAACAAGUAUGUGAAAAUCAACAUUACAAAGAGUGCAGAAAAAUAUUAGUACAAAGCCUGCAGUAAAGAUACAUAUGUACAUAUAUACAUUUGUAAAUCUAUACGAAGAUUUUUGCAACUGCAAAUGUGCAAAAAUGCGAAAAUGGUACUUUAAAUAAGCUGCCACUAACAACACUAACACUUUUUACUCUGCUGUUUGUAUGCAACAUUAAAGUGCUAAGUGCGCGAAAGUUUUGGUUUCAGAAAAAAAUUUCUGUUGUUCCGGCAGCUUUUUAAAUUUAAACAGGCACAUACUUUUUAAAUGUUUUCGAACGUUCCAAUGACUCAAAAACGUUCACUGUAUUACCAUCAAUUAGUGAAAGGUCUUUUACGGGACUUAAAUUAUAACGGUUUUUGCACUUACCCCUGCCUCUCGCUAAUAAAGUGUGAAGGAGUUAAAGUCGUAUAAGUUUAAUCAAUCAAACGACAUACACAAAUCAACCAGAGAGUGCAGAACAUAUAACGUAAAUAAAGCUCAUAGCAAUAUAAGCAGAAGUCCCGAGUAAUAUUCGCACCACUAAUACCUGGUGAUGAUGAAAAGCCAAUGGCGAGGGUACGCAGUUGAGCUGUUAGUGGUGGUGCUUUUAUUGAUGGUAUUCCGCAGUAGCAAUGGCAGAAACUUAGCAAUUUCACAGCAAGACAACGGUAGCAAUAGUAGUGUGGUGGAUGCUGAAUAUGAUAGUUCGAAACAAAAACCGCAAGCUGAGAAAGUUGUCGGUGCUACAAAUGUUGCAAUCGACAGCAGUACGCAACAAGGGCUGAAACAGCGUGAUACCAAAGAGAAAUCAGCAGUAAAUUUAAAGCUCGAAAAUGAAGAAAAAGUUGUAGGAUCGGGAUUUGUAUCGACAUUGCAAAGGGAAGCUGCGACGUUUCUUUCUUCCACUAUUUCUCCGCCAAUAACACCAACAACAUCUCCUAACUUCUUGUUAAUAUUAGAUCCAUUAACUUUAGCAGAGACGACACCAUCGCGAAUUUCUGUCGACUUAGAAAGUAACGAUAACGAUAAUGUCUCAGAAGGAUUUUCGAGCAUUGACGUAGAUGCGGCAGAUCUUCUAAGCAUUACUCCAACAACUUACCGGCCUGCUCGACCGUCCGUCACACCAAACAGUUCCGCUAAGGAAAGAGAACGUAAGCUUAUGAACGUUUUGGCAGCGCGACGCAAUGCAUUGCAUCGGGGUAGCUUUCGUACCCGUGUAGGAACUACAGGGCGAACUGCUACUGUAGCAUCGCUGGAGACUACCUCUAAGACUCCCACAGAUCCACGUUCGAUUUGUAUACGAAAUUGCACGAAGAAUUUUACGCGCCGUACAACGGCGAGUUGCAUGCGACAGUGCUCAAACUUUUCGCGCACUUCCUGGCCAGUUAUUAACUCAACUGCUACAGGCAGCAUGAUAAUUGUUCGUUCAGCAUCCCGAAACAGCUUGGGCGCACAGGCUUUAGAUAGGGAUAACAACGAAAUUCUUUUCACGGAUGAAUCGUCGCAUGGUUUAUUUGUCGUGGCAAAGGAUCAAAAUGACACCUCAAAUCAUAUAUCAGAUGCAACAAAAAGAGCGAAGUUUCGUCCUAGGAAUAAACUUUUAUCGUCGAUAACAGUAUCUCCCAGCUCCAUUGAGGAAGAUGAUAUUCAACCCUAUUUAUACUUUGGCCAAAAAUUACCACCUAUUAGGCCAGCUAGUCUAACAAUCACUUCAGUUAGCGAAGAUCAUCCGAAGUUAUUGGAAGUGUCUGCCGCACAGUUAGGUUCUACCACACCUGCGUCACUGGUAUCCACGCCAACUUUAUCAGCAGUAGAACGUAGUCGUUCACGAUACAAAUAUCGAGACCGGGGAUACGUCAAUACUCGGCGCUUUCCAAUUCGUGCAAGCGCAUUAGGAUCUGUUAAUCCCCUCGAAAACAGAAGUGCGAUUUUAUUAAAUACAAAAGAUAAUACUACUACUAUACAAAAGGAAACCUCUGACAGUGGAACUUUAGAACCAGAAGGAGUAAGUGAAAAAAAUAUGGAGAAAAAAGCUAUAUCCAAAAUAGCUCAAAUACAAUCUACUACUUCUUCAGAUUCCUCUACUCCGUUAAUAAUAAAAGUGUUCGGUGAAGAAGAGGAAACAUCACAAACGGAUGAUCCUAUUAACGAAUCAGUGACCAAACUAAUUAGUUCAGUUGAAUCUACCUCAGUAGAUAAAACAGGUUCCAUUGGCACUACUCUUAAUAUUUUGAGCAAUAAUCAAACUCAAAGUACUACCUCCUCUCCAAGUAUGUUGAUGAAAACUGUAUCAAAGUCAGCGGAAGUAAAAAUACCUUUUCAUAGAGCCUAUCCUACUACGAUCCGUACUUCUUCAACCACUUCGACUUCCCCCACGUCUAAGGCAACAGCUAUAAAAACCGCGUAUUCAGAAACGACUCCAAUAUAUAUCAGUACCACACCAUUUACAUUGAUUUCCUCUUCCUCUACUACUGCAAAGACCAAGUCAAUCAUUAAGGAAGACAUUGAAAAGCUUCGCGCUCUUGGACCAAGCCUUACUCAAGUGAUAGAAAAUGAUGAAAAUUUUGUUAUAUUUCUCAAUCAGACGGCUUCCCACCCUUAUCCAUUGUUUGACACCGAUACCACCGAUACAACAGUCUCAAUAUUGGGCACCACUGUGUUGACCUCGGUGCGUUCAACUGUGAACCCUCGGGCUGAAAACCCCUCCGGGGCAGUAGAAUACACCUCUACUGAAAUGAAUAAAGUUAGCCGUCCUUCUUUUGUCGGUAUUAUAGAGGCAGCACCAAUAGAAAACCCGACUCGGAAUGAACCGCCAAGCGAAAGCGGUGCUGAUAUUAAGUAUACUUAUGUCACAGAUGAAAGUAAGGUGUCACUAGAGAUGCGACGUGUCAAUAUUGCCACAAUGGUGUUGGCGGGUAUUGGAAUAAUACCCCUCUUUGCUCUUAUUCUUUACCUUGUGCGUUCAUAUCUACCCAGGCGUGGUGCCAAAAACGAAGAGGAUUUCGAUGUAUGUAUCACCGACCAGCAACCUAUAAGUCCAGUAAAGAAGCUUGAUUCCAAAUACCGCAGCAAAAGCGAGGAAGAGGAUUGCGAUGCUGAUCACCACACUGUUCACACAUCCCACCAUCAUUCGGCACACCAUAUGCCGAUGGUUUCGCAUGGAAAGACAACGUCACGAGAUUCUAACCACAACAACCGCUAUGAUGAACAGAGCUCUGUAACCAGCGACCAAGAGUUCGAUCGUAACAAUAUUCGUCUGAAAAGUCUGCUCGGUGAGGGGAAUUUCGGUCAGGUGUGGAAAGCUGAGGCUGAUGACCUUAGCGGUCACUUUGGCGCCACUCGAAUUGUAGCAGUAAAGACAAUCCGGAAAUGUAGUGCGCAAGUCAGCUUGAAAGAGGAAGCAGACAUUAUGCGAAAGUUGGGUUCGCAUCAGAAUGUUGUUACACUGCUUGGCGCCUGUGUAGAGAUAGAACCGCACAUGUUGAUUAUGGAGUACGCGAUGCGAGGCCGGUUGCUUUCACUGCUGCGUGCUGCUCGCAGUGCUACAAAUAUUUUACCAGCUUCUGUACCAGGAGGCCGAAGCCUGUCACCUUUGUCACCGCGAACGCUUGGGGGAUUUGCAUUAGACAUUGCUUGUGGAAUGGAGUAUAUUGCCGAAAGGAGGAUCGUGCAUCGGGAUCUUGCUGCACGCAAUGUCUUACUUGAUCAUAAUGGAAUUUGUAAAAUAUGUGAUUUCGGUAUGUCUUUUGACUUGGAUUCUGAGCGCAGAAGGAAAGAGGAAGAGAAAAACUGCGUGAAUGAAAUUGGGCGUAUCAAUAUGAAAAAAAAUAAAUUCCAUUUCGGCAGCCGGUUUAUAAUGAACCAUUGGAACAACAACUUUAAUGGACAGGAGAGCAGCCUAACUUCACCAAAAGAUGACAAUGAAAAGAAGCCGAAUGUUCAUGGCCAUGGUCAUGACACAAUUAGCCGUAAGCCAGCGUUACCUAUACGGUGGAUGGCGCCGGAAGCACUACAGUAUCAUAUUUUUACACGGGAAACUGACGUAUGGGCUUUUGGCAUUGUCCUCUGGGAAAUAGCAACAUUGGGUUCUACACCGUAUGCUCAUCUAUCAGGGCGAGAAGUUAUACGACGAGUUCCUAGUGGUCUGAGACCAGAGCUACCCAAGGAAGGACGACAUGAGUUUUAUAACUUAAUGAUUCGCUGUUGGCAAAAUGAUCCACACCAACGUCCGUCGUUCACAUAUGCGCGAAAGGAAAUAUCUUAUUAUUUACACAAGUGGGUCGAUGAUGACUCCACCGCCUCUGAUUAUAUGGAUGUUAGCGGGUUCAGUGAAGAUCUGGAGCACGGCAUGGUGUACUUCAAUCACCGAAUAUCCGAAUUCGAAUGCGAAAUAUGACGAUGACUCAAUCCUUCCUUUUUCAAUAUAUUUUCUUUCAAUUUGCUAUAUAUUCGAACUUCUUUACUCUUUAGAUGAUCAAAAGUUUAUUCAUUUCCAAAAUAGUUCGAAAUUUAAAACUUCUCUUCUUCUUUAAAUGAAGCUUUAUUUGAAAGCCUUAUCUACACUAUGCACUAAGAAUUUCAAGUGCUGGGAGCAGUAUUAUUUAAAUAUUUCAAAUUAAGUAAAGAAAGCGGAUAAAGAGAGUUCUUUACACAUCUUUGUAGAAUGGCAUGGUUUCAUUUGAUUCAAUAUGUAAUAAAAUGUAAAUAUUAAAUUUAUGUUGCUAUAAGCUAGAUUAACAGGAACAUUUUUAAUUUUAGUGCACCAUUAUUGUAUUAUUUAAUGUAUAAAACGAAGACAAUUUAAAAAGAUUAAGAUUCUCUAGUCUGUAUUAAAAAAUGUAUGCCCACAUGGAUAUACAUAUAUAAAUAUGCAUACAGUUAUACAUAUUUUCAUAUAUGCAUACGAAUAUAUAUUAAGAGUAUUAUGUUAUGUAGUUUCGAAAUUGCAAUUAUAUUUUAACGUUUUGUAAAAGUGCUUUGAAGUCGUUUACAAUUUUUGACUAAGACUUUGCCAUAAACUGUACUAUUUUUGAACAUUGUUUUCUAAAAUUCGCUACAAUUAUUCCUGCCUAUACCAACUUACCAGCAUCAGGGACCGGUCACGAAUGGACCACUUGGUAUAUUCCAGUAGUCCGAGCCCACUAUAUUCGCAACGCUUUCGAUAUAUAUAUGUAUAUACACCCUUUUUGGGUGUUUGGCCGAGCUCCUCCUCCUAUUUGUGGUGUACGUCUUGAUGUUGUUCCACAAAUGGAGGGACCUACAGUUUCAAGCCGACUCCGAACGGCAUAUAUUUUUAUGAGGAGAUUUUUCAUGGCAGAAAUACACUCGGAGGUUUGCCAUUGCCUGCCGAGGGGCGACCGCUUCGGAUGUUUGUGUAUGAAAAAUCUUUUUUUUGUCGGGACAACUAGCAAGUACAGCACUCGGACAACAUUAAGUCCAUUGAACUGCUCUCGGAUUCCCUUUUAGUUUUCUUUAAAUCUACCCGACCUCCGAAAAAAUUUGAGAAGAUCGUGUAGUGCCAAGGAGCCAAGGUGGUCGCUUCUUAACGCAUCAGUGCCAAAUAUCUCAAACCUGAUUCCAGCGAAGGCGGGGCAGAUGCACAGAAAGUGGUCCGGUGGUCAGCUUAGUCCAUCUGCAGCCUUUCUCGGCCUGUGAAGCUCGCUUGUGGGCUGUAGUAACCCAUUUGCUAACCGUGGCUUUGAUGGCUGCCGAAGGGAGUGGCAGAAUGGGCUCCGGGCCAAAGAAAUUGAUCUCAGAGCCCAUCCUAGCUAAGGAGUCUCGUUAUACACAAUAUCCACGGGUCACGUUUUACCAUUAGGCUAUUAUGUCUACCGACAGAGUUCAGCUUGGAUUUACAGGACUCGACUACCCCUGAAGUAUGAAUGCAUUCCAAGAUCAAAGUGCAGUUUGACCCCAGAGUAGACGCCAGAGCUGGUUCUGGAGCCAACCAUGAAAAUGCGAAAACGGUGUCUGCCGGACUCAUUUUAUGAGUUUGACCACAACUGAGCCUUUGGCAACACUAUAUCGUGCCUGAAGUAGUCGGAAAAGAUCCAGUGCCUACUCGCAGAGCUGCAAAUACUGUCGAAAGUGGCAUUAUCAAUAGCCCCUUUUAUAUCCAAAAAGAUGCCCAUAGCGUAGUCCCUCCUGUCGAUGGCCUACUCAACCCUAUCAACAAGGUUUUGCAAUGCCGACUCCCCUAAUUUUCCGCUUUGAUAGACAUGUUGAAAUGGAGAGAGUGGGUGAAUCUUCAGCGACUUCUGACGCACAUGCAACUCAACUAACCGUUCGAGACUUUUCCGCAUGAAUGAGGCCAUGUUGAUGGGUCUACUGCUUUUGGGUCUGGUGUAGUCAUCUCUCCCAACCUUAGGGAUGAAAUCGACUCUCACCAUCCUCCAAGAGCGUGGUAUAUAAGCCAGUGUCCGCAGGCAGUAAAGAUUUUCUUCAGGGCUGCAGUCACGGAUUCCAUGCUUUCCUUCAGCAUGGCCAUCUGGUUCGGGGGAUUUGUAGCCACCAAAAUAUUAGAUGGCAAAUCGAAUGGCGGCUUCAUUCACCACAGAUCUGGCAACGUACCAGUCACGCCGAGAAGGUGUAACAGUUUUGACAACGGUCUCUUUCGCUAAGGGCUUUUGUAGGCCAAUGCUUAUCUGAUUACCUGGAAAGUGAGAGUCCAUCAGCAAGCUGAAUGUUUCGCUUUGCUUCUCCAGGAGCCAUCAGAUUUCCUAAGUGACCCCAGCCUUGCGGUUGGAUCCCUUUUCAGGAUUCUAACCAAUUUUGCCGUGUCACUUAGAGAUUCAAUACCGCCGCAGAAUUCCCUAAAGUAAGCCCUUUUCGACUACCGAAUUAGUUUCUGAUAGUUCUUCUGAACAUGACGGUAGUGCUCCCAGUCCUCAACAAGAUUAAUCUUGAGGGUCCGGUUUAGAAGUUUUCUGGACUCACGCAUCAAUGCUUGGAGCUCUCGAUUCCACCACGAAAUGGGAGUCCGAUCAAGGAGAGGUCGAAUUGGUUACGCUGACUCAAAACAUUCAACUAAGGCAGCGCUAAGUUUCUCAACAGCCACCUCGACCCCUUGUUCUUUUCGAAGUCUUGGUGGCGUCACGUCAAAUCCCCGCAACGUCCCCCUAAACUUCUGCCAGUCUGUUUUUCUGGGGUUUCUAGAGGGCAAUGGCAUUUGUGCCUCCUCGCCACACAGAAACUUAAUAUUCGGCAAGGACUCUCCAGUUCUUGAUUGAGCACCCAAGUUUUGAAUUUGAUAAGGUGAGAUCAAUUACCUCCUGCCUUCUAGCAGUAAUAAACGUCGGCUGGUUGCCCUUGUGGUGUAUGUUUAGGCAAGAGGAAACGAUAGAGUCGAACAGCUGAGAGCCUCGCUCAUUGCAUUUGCUGCUGCCACAGAUUGUAUGCUGGGCAUUAGCAUCGCAGCAGAGAACAAGGCCCAGAUUGCGCCGCUCACAGAACCUCACGACACUGGUGCCUUUCCCAGAUGGUGGCGCUUCCAGGGCACGUUAGGAAAAUAAGCAGAUGCAAUCACAAACCUCAGCCAUUACCUUCUACCCAUCAUAACACACCUCAGUAGCUAAUAGGUCUUGGAAACAGAAUUGCUCAAGACCCGUCACAGUGAGAUGGGAUCAUACUAUAAGACCAGUCUAGGUCUACUCGAACUCCUGUUAUAUAAUACCGUGGCCCCUUUCAACGCGUUAAGCCCACAGAGGCGGCCCCUAAAUGAAAAAUCUUUGUGUGUGAAAAAUCUUUACCAAAAACCACACUUGAAAAAAAAGCCGCUUAACUUUGAACGACAUCACCUUUUACUAUAAAAGAAAAUGUACAAAAAAGAAGACGCGAUAAUAAAACAAAUGGUAUUUUUUGAGUUUUUCAAUAGUAUAAUAAGCACAAAUAAAGGAAACAUACAUUCUAAAAUACAA